UGCUAUCAACCCUCGAUGCCCCAGCAGUUGCCUCAGUAUUAAUGGUAACAGCGCUCCUAAGACGCAUCACACACACAUCAAAUUCAAUGUUUCAAUGUACUCCAUGGAGUAUAACCAUGUGCUGAUUACAAGGCGACAAAUCGACACCACCAGGGAACAGGUCAUUCGUUACUCCGAUUGCUCGCUAAUGCCAGGACUCACGGGAAUAACGGGCUUGGCAAUGAUAUCUUUCGCCAUGGCCCUCCAAUGCACAAAGGCGAGCGAUGCACUCAGAAGUCUGAGUCGGUACGCGCCACAAUACUGCUGUGCCAUAUGGUAUGACUCCACGAGUUCUUACAGUCCUUUCUCUGAUGAUUCAUAAGCUGAGCUCUCAGUUUUAUCGUAAGAUAUGGAGCUGUGGGCUUCGUUGUGUACGCGUGCUCUGGCAAGAUUCACAGACGAUGGCCCUUGUUCGGCGCCGCUUUGGAUGUUCUGCGACGAGCUUUCCCCAUCAACCAUCUUCAGAAGUCACCCGCUCAAUAACGAGUAUAAAUGCCUGCUCGGCCUACGCUUCAUUCCCGGCACUCGCAUUUUACUAACUCCCCUCCCUUGAGCUUUAUCAACCUCACCAUCUAACUUCUACACUAUGGUCAAGAACGGGGCCCUCAUCUAUGUCGCCCACCCCGAGAAGAACAUCGACCCCGCGGUGCACACGCGAUACGUCGAGGGAGAGAUCGACCUCGACAAGAUACCGCUCAACGGCGGAGUUCUGCUCAAGACGCUCUACUUGAGUAGCGACCCAUACAUCCGCUACCGCAUGCGGGAGCCGCACCUUUCGUCCUUCGUGCCCCCUAUCCAGCUUGGAGACCCAGUUGACAACUUGGGCGUCGGGCGGAUUCUGAGAAGUGAAGACUCAAAAUUCAAGCCUGGAGACUACGUCAUUGGGUACCUCGAGUUCUCUGAGUAUUCUGUGUACCCUGGCAGGAUCAAUCACAGCUAUAAGAACUCGCUCACAAAGAUUGAAAAGCUGCCCAACAUUCCGCUGUCGGUCUAUGUAGGAACACUGGGCAUGCCUGGCACGACGGCUUACCAGGCUUUCAAGUACUUUGCGACCGAGAAGUUAAAGACAGCUAAAGUUAUGUUCAUCUCUGGAGGGGCGGGCCCUGUCGGCACAUUUGUUACCGAAUAUUCCAAGGUCGUCGCGCCGCAUCUCAAAAUUGUCGCAUCCGCAGGAUCUGCGGAAAAGGUCAAGAUCAUGAGGGCCGCUGGUGCCGAUGUUUCCUUCAAUUACAAAGAGCAAGAUACCACCGAGGUCUUGCAGGAGCAUGGCCCCAUUGACAUUUACUGGGACAACGUCGCCGGACCGACGCUUGAUGCGGCACUCGGGAAUUUCAACAACAACGGCUUAAUCAUUGCCUGCGGAGCGAUCAGCCAGGCGAGCCAUGACAACAAGAGCGUCGUCCAUCACUUUGACGAAAUCUUCAAGCGCAGUCUCACCGUGCACGGCUUCAUCGUCAACAAAGGCGAAUCCGCUGUCGCCGCGUCGAAAUUCCGCGAAGAAGUCGUCCCGCUCGUCCUUCAGGGCAAGAUCACGAGCCGCGAGCAUCGAUACCACGGUCUCCCGGAGGCGGGCAAGGCCCUUGCGGACGUGCAUACGGGUGCGAACUCUGGGAAGGCCGUUGUUGUUGUCGCUGACGAAUAGGCUCAUGGUUAACUGCGAAUAUCUAUCGUAAGGAUGAUACAGCAAAUGUUGUAUAUUGACCAGACAUUUUUUCUUGAAUUUCGCGUGGCUUCCAGCGCGGAUUCCACUUAUCCGGCUGGGCUGAGACGUAAUGAGAGAUACGGGCUUGGGUCGCAGGUUACCGACACGUAAGUACGUUCUUCACCAUUCUCAGCGCCACUCCCUUCUCCAUAUCCCCUACCUCUGCCUACCCCCUUCAGAGAUCAUUUUCAUAGUCUCAAUUUUCAUCCCUGCGAGAUAUCGUAACUGGGCACGGCGGCCGCGGCUACUCAUCCCAGCCAAGAUUCAAUUUGGGGUUCUGCUCGCCCACUGCUUGCGUCUGUAUGACCCCUUGCUACAUGAUCAAUCGACACGAUCCGAGU